ACGCUGAGGAUUUGGGAAGUGAUCUGGAGGAUUUCAAUUUGUGAAUAAAGAAUGUGUGAUACAGUGUGAUGAAGCUGAUCACAGACUCAGAGAUGUCAACUAUAUGAGAGUGUGCUGCCACUGCGUGACGUCACUGGGGGCAGACAACAGGCUGAUGCUGCCCUUUCACAAGCUCCCCCACACCUGGACACGUGUUCAACACACCUGGACACGUGUUCAACACACCUGGACACACGUUCAACACACUUUUUUAGAAGACGGGAGGACUGAAUUUAAUCUUUCAUCAUCUUCUAGCAGCCUGUGGCCAGUUCAAACCACAAAGUAAUUCUAUAUCAAAACCUUAAUGAGUUCCACGAUCUAUUAAAAAUGUAGCGAGGGCCUGAACAAUGAACCGAUCAUAGUAAUUACACUAACGAUGAUGGCAUAUUUUCGCGGCAGUUUCUCGCAGUUUAAAAUGGCGGCGUUGAGCAGCGCCGAGUCCCCACCGCCCGUCUUUAACGGAGACACCGUGGAGCUGGAGCCGGGCAGGGAGCCGGGCCUGGAGGAGCUGGGUGCCGGGCUGGACUCCUCCUGCACGUCGGGGAUCCCCGGAGGUCCGCAGGAUGAGGAGAUCUGGAAUAUCAAACAGAUGAUCAAGUUGACACAAGAACACUUAGAGGCUCUUCUGGACAAGUUUGGAGGAGAACACAAUCCUCCUUCCAUAUAUCUAGAGGCCUAUGAGGAGUACACCAGUAAACUGGACGCCCUGCAGCAGAGGGAGCAGCAGCUGCUGGAGGCCAUGGGCAACAGUACAGACUUCUCCUGCUCACCUUCUCCCACGCCAGCCCUUCUGGAGGUCAAGAUGGGAGGUUGUGGGGUCGGAGGGGGGGCUCAGGCCUUUCCCUCAGCCCCCAACACCCUGGCUGUCCUACAGACCCCCACAGACGCUAGCAGGGCCAACCCUCGCUCCCCCCAGAAGCCCAUCGUCAGGGUCUUCCUGCCCAACAAACAGAGAACAGUGGUCCCGGCCCGCUGUGGGAUGAUUGUGAGGGACUCGCUGAAGAAAGCUCUGAUGAUGCGAGGCCUCAUUCCAGAGUGCUGUGCAGUGUACAGGAUACAGGACGGAGAGAAGAAGCCAAUUGGCUGGGACACAGACAUCUCCUGGCUGACAGGAGAAGAGUUACAUGUAGAAGUGUUGGAGAAUGUGCCGCUCACCACACACAACUUUGUGAGGAAGACCUUCUUCACACUGGCCUUCUGUGACUUCUGCAGAAAGCUGCUGUUCCAGGGUUUCCGCUGUCAGACCUGUGGUUACAAGUUCCACCAGCGCUGCAGCACAGAGGUUCCCCUCAUGUGUGUCAAUUAUGACCAACUAGACUUGUUGCUAGUGUCCAAGUUCUUCGAGCAUCAGCGAUUCACACAGGAGGAGGUCUCCUCAGAGGGAACCACCCCCGUGUCUGAAGCCUGCCCGUCACUCCCCCCAUCUGACUCCACUGGGUCUAUGUGCCACACCACUGUGUCCCCGUCCAAGUCCAUACCCAUCCCGCCCAGUUUCCGGGCCAAUGAGGAGGACCACCGCAACCAGUUUGGCCAGCGGGACCGUUCGUCCUCCGCCCCCAAUGUCCAUAUCAAUACCAUCGAACCCGUCAACAUUGAUGACCUGAUUCGAGAUCAUGGCUUACCGAGGUCAGAUGGAGCCCCCCCGACCCACCCCGCCCGCUGCUUGAGGAAGCACCGAACACGGACCUCAAGCCCCCUCCUAUACUCCUACCCCAAUGACAUAGUGUUUGAUUUUGAGCCCGAGCCUGUUUUCCGAGGCUCUACCACAGGGCUGUCAGCCACGCCUCCUGCCUCCUUACCUGGCUCUCUGACGAAUGUUAAGGUUCCACAGAAGUCGCCAUGCCAACAGAGGGAGCGCAAGUCUUCAUCCUCAUCUGAGGACCGCAAUAAAAUGAAAACCCUGGGGAGAAGGGACUCCAGUGACGACUGGGAAAUCCCUGAGGGUCAGAUCACUCUGGGUCAGAGGAUAGGUUCUGGAUCCUUUGGAACUGUCUUCAAGGGAAAAUGGCAUGGUGAUGUGGCAGUGAAGAUGUUGAACGUCACUGCUCCUACACCACAACAGCUUCAGGCCUUCAAAAAUGAAGUGGGAGUCCUCAGGAAAACGCGUCAUGUGAACAUCCUGCUGUUCAUGGGCUACACCACUAAGCCUCAGCUGGCCAUUGUGACCCAGUGGUGCGAAGGCUCCAGUCUGUACCACCACUUGCACAUCAUUGAGACCAAGUUUGAAAUGAUCAAGCUGAUUGACAUCGCCCGUCAGACUGCUCAGGGCAUGGAUUACCUACACGCCAAAUCAAUCAUCCACAGAGAUCUGAAGAGCAACAAUAUUUUCCUCCACGAGGAUCUGACAGUGAAGAUUGGUGAUUUUGGUCUGGCUACAGUCAAGUCUCGCUGGAGUGGCUCUCACCAGUUCGAACAGCUGUCUGGUUCUAUACUAUGGAUGGCACCAGAGGUGAUCCGGCUGCAGGACAAGAAUCCCUACAGCUUCCAGUCAGAUGUGUAUGCCUUCGGCAUCGUGCUGUACGAGCUCAUGUCAGGAGCGCUUCCCUAUUCCAACAUCAACAACAGAGACCAGAUCAUAUUCAUGGUGGGUCGAGGUUACCUGUCCCCUGACCUCAGCAAAGUGCGCAGCAACUGUCCGAAGGCCAUGAAGAGACUGAUGGCUGACUGUCUGAAGAAGAAGAGAGAGGAGCGACCACUCUUCCCUCAGAUCUUAGCGUCCAUCGAGCUGUUGGCUCGCUCAUUACCCAAAAUCCACCGCAGCGCCUCAGAGCCUUCAUUAAACCGAGCCGGCUUUCAGACGGAGGAUUUCAGUUUGUACGCCUGCGCCUCACCCAAAACCCCUAUCCAGGCCGGUGGCUAUGGGGAGUUUUCGGCAUUUAAGUAAGUGCUGCUGAUCCCACCAGUCCAUCACUUGUCACUUCUCAAAAGUCUCGUGUCCAUGCGGUGGAUUCAUUCAUUACUGAAAAAACAAAUAGUCUCAAAGAAUGUGCUUUUUUCUUCGUCUGUCAACCUGAAGAAGGCAGCCUCAUUGGAGUCCUUCUGACAAAAAGCUAUCCAGCAGGCAACCAACCACAGUGACAGACAAAACUGAAUUAGGGAAAUAUAGAAAAUUAAAAAAUAAAUGUGAAUGACACAUAAGGAAUUAAAAAAAAAAACAACAUAGAACAACAACAUGAAGAUAUACAUACCAAAAGAGUUUGAGGAGGAGACCACAAACUCAGGUUGACUUGCCUGCUGGAGGGAAAAGAUGAAGGCUAAAUGAAGGAGAGACAGAGGUAAAACGUCAAGAGAAGUCGAGGCUUUGGGCACCACUUGUCCCUUCAUUUCCUGUGCUGGUGAGGAGGGAGGCUGGGCAACCGGCCAGGCCGCUGAACUUCACUUUGAGCAAUGGCAGAGUGGGGCCUGUGGAAGAAAGGGAGGUCUCCCAACUGGUUAGCCUGUCCCUGAGAGGUCACACAGCAGGAUUGGAUCCCGAAGGAAGAUGACUUGAAAGACAGAUCUAUUUUUCUUUUUCUUUGUUUCUCAUGUUUUAGAUUUUAGCCAGCCAUCGCUAGGAAUGCUGAGCGUUUUUGUCAUUUGUUCUUUUGCAGCACAGGCCUUUGCUUUUUUGUCUUUUUGGGCUUAAUGCUGACCAAAUACUGCAAAAUACUGUAUUUUGCCCUUGUGUUUGCACCUAACAAAUUCAAUAGCCAGGAUGAAAUGGCAACAGCUUUUAAUCCACUGAAAGAUUAUGCUCUACCACUUCAAAAAUUUCAGGAAAAGCAGGAAAAGCAGUUCUUUCUUUAGAUUUCCUGCACUGUUCCGCCAACAACAGGAGCUAUUCUCUGUGACGAAAAAAGCAAAUUUGUUUGCCGAUGGAAGCUACACAAGAUCGGUUUCAUACUCCAUUUAAAAGGUCUGGUCAUAGCCAACAACUGAGGUAUAUAUUGAUUAAGUGAGCUUUAGAGAUGUUGGAAAGAUUUUGGUCCCAAGACACUCACACCUUUUCAAAGGAGUGCAUGUCUGUGUGAAAGCAGCAGAAACGGUUCUAUCCAUAGAAGACGGGUAGAAAAGCCUGGAGCCUGAUAUGUUCUGCUGACCACAGGAGUUGUUCAUAGGGAGGAAAAUUGCAGAUUUGUUUGGAGGGUUUGGGGUUUCUUAUCCUGUCAAAAGAGCCUGGUAAAAGACAAGCUGCUGCCCAGCAUUUACGCUGAGCUAAGGAGUGUGUACAGUACUUGUGGCUUGUAGCUUCCAAGUUGUUACACCGCAUCUUUGCAACAAAGCUUAUCCAAGUGCAUGUCGCCUGUUUAUUUUUUUAUUUUUUGUUAUUAUCAUGUGGCUUUCAUAUUGCACUCAGCUUAUAAUAGGACCUUACUUGUUGCAGCUGCUGACUUGCGGGCUGCAGUGUUACCUGCUGAAAGGACUGGAAAUCCUCCGGUUCUGAGUUCUGUUAGUCUUGAAAAUGUUCUUUCAAUCACACCUUUUAUUUUCUCUACACACAUGCACCUGUACUUUUUUUUUCAUUCCAGUGUGUUAAGGGUUGUAGGUGUUAUUACAGGUUUUUUUUUUUUAUUUUAUUUUAUUGUCUAUGUUUGCCUUUUUCUGUACAGGCAGGCCUGCAGAUAUUAACUUAUUUAUGUGAUUUUUUUUGUUUUGUUUUGUUUUAUGGAUUUCUUUUCAGAACCGCUUUAUUUGAAGGUAUCAGUCUUUCUUUUGAUGCAUAGUCGUUUUGAUCAUUGUGACUCGUGUACUUGCACUUUGUAGAGAUGGAUGGAAGCAAAUGAGCGACUUGCCUUUUUUAUUGAAGAAUAAAUCAUGACAUACAGAG